AAAGCUAGAAAGCUCCUUCCAACGAGUUAAAUCUGUCGCGUUCUACUCUCAACUUCUUAUUGCUCCAAGACUCGGCUGGCAACUUCUUUUUCUCCGGUCUUUUUAACUUUUAAGUCUCUCCAAAUUCUCACUACAACUUGACCCAUUCGUCUUCACAGACUGUGAGAACAAAAUCUUUCAAUUUCUCGAUAUAGAGUUUGAGGCCGAGGGAGGAGGAGUUGUGGAAUAAGGUUAGUAAAGGACUCGCAGAAAGAAAAAGGGUCACAUGUUUCUGCCUACGUUGAAGACCUGGAUCAGAGCAUCUCUGAAGCUUUUACUUACAGAUGGUUAGUUUGGGUCACAAGAUACUUGGCUUAAAGUUCUCACAGGCCAACUUCCUAUGGCAGAGCUCUCAAAUCGCGUCACCCUCCGUCGACGACUCGCCACGAUAUAAACUCUGUCGUCGAUCAACAACUACGCACGACUGAAGGACUCCUGAUCAAGAAGAACCAUGGCCUUCCCUAAUUCAAGAUCUGUGAGGUUCCGCGAUGAAGUUGGACUGGGAAAUUCAACGACGAAUGAAAACUACGACCAUCUCAAGUAUAAAUGCCCGUCAGAAUCAGGAUCAGCGUCAGGAAAACCGCACCGAUCCUUCAAGGCCAAGGUGCUGUCCCGAGUGUUUUCAGAAGACUAUGAAUCGGUGAGAGCGGAGAGGAAGAAGAGGAUCUUUGAUCCUCGUGGCCCAGCUAUCCAUCAAUGGAACAGGAUUUUCCUUGUGGCUUGCAUCUUCUCGCUCUUCUUGGACCCGCUCUUCUUCUACCUGCCCGGCACAAGAGAAGAGGACUGUGUAGAGAUUAGCGUUCCCCUCGUAUUGGCACUUACAAUCCUUCGAUCGUUGGCAGAUGUGUUCUAUGUUGUCCAGAUAUUUUUUCGCUUCAGAACGGCAUUCGUUGCUCCAUCCUCUCGGGUUUUUGGUAGAGGCGAGCUUGUUAUUGAACCUUCUAAAAUUGCGCAUAGGUACCUAUCAAGAGGUUUCUGGCUUGAUCUCCUUGCGGCAUUGCCAAUUUCUCAGGUUGUGAUAUGGUUGGUAAUUCCCAACCUGGAAGGUUCCACAACCAGAAACACUAAGAACUUCCUGCGAUUCUGCAUCAUCUUCCAAUAUAUCCCGAGGCUCUUUCUAAUUUUUCCUCUUUCAUCCCAAAUUGUGAAGACAAGUGGAGUCAUGAUGGAAACUGCAUGGGCUGGAGCUGCAUACAACCUUGUUCUCUAUAUGCUAGUGAGCCAUGUAAGUAAUUACUAGUACUUUCUACCUGUGGAAUGCUAAAUUUUUAUUCAAAGAAUGAAAGUUUUCUGACCUUAGGGGCCCUACUUUUUAGAAGUUGAAUGUUGCAUAUGUUGAAAAUUAUGGUUAAAUGUGGAAUUAAACAGUGAAAGAUGAUGUGCUGUAAUUUUAAAUUUUUCAGUCCACUGC